UGAUAUAUAAAAGUUAUGCAUCGUCAUAGUGUUUUUAAAAAUUCCUGUGUUAAUGUACCGAUUGAUCCUAUUAGUAAGAUGCCUAAAACGGCUUAUGAACGUAGUGAAAAGGAAGGUUUAACUGAACAGUGCUCAAUUGAAUCUUCAUCUUGUUCAGUUUCGGCUGCUGAUGUGGAUGCCAACAAACUGAAAGACUUUUACCGCAGCAUUCCUGAUUAUAGUGAUAUAAACCAUCUAUCAGAAAGUGAAUUUUAUUCAACCUUGAAAAUCCUUAGAGAAAAGAAGAAAUUAAUGCUUGGUCUUGCCGUAGAACAUAUAGAUAAUUGCAAAGUGAAUAGUGACAAACUAUUUGAAGAUAUAGAUAGAGAAAUUAAUAUGUCACUUUCUUGUACUACUAAAAAUAAUCCUAUCCAUCGAAGAAAAAACUCAGUUUCUCAAGUAAAUAAAACAUCGGAUUCUAAAGAGGAGAGUGUGUUUAAAUCUCAAAGAGAUUCUUGUAAAAGACCAACGUUAUGUAACAAAAAUUCCAGUCUCGAUGUCAGUGCUAAGGAAGUGGAUAAAAAUUUACAAAUUGAUACAACAAAAAAUAACUUAUUAAUGGUUAAAGGAGGCCAUAAGUUGGAUAGACCAAAACGAAAUCAUUCUGCCUGCUCAAUUUCUUGGCAUGAUGAUAAGGUCGAGCCAAAAAGUGAGGUCGGUGAUAAGUUCAAAAAUUUUUUUCAUGAUAAUGACCAUAGUCCAACUGUUAAUGAUGAUAGUAUAUAUAAAACCCAAAGUAUGCCUUCAAGUCCACUAAGAACAAGACAAACAGGAUCAUGUUUACGACCUACAAAAAUUCUUACUGUACCCCAGCCGUUUAAAAUGACGCAAAGAGACGAGGAACGCCGUAUAGUUAAUGAUUUUAGAAAUAUCCAAAAAUCAUUGUCAGAAGAGAUGUUACAUCAAAAACGGGAAAGAAAACGGUUUCGUGCGAGGCCAGUUCCAAUUGAAUCUCGUAUUCCACUGUAUGACAAGAUCCUUCAGGAUCAGGCAAUGAGACGAGCAAUUACAAAAAUAAACAGUGAAGCAGAACUCCGGGCCCAAAUGAAACCCUUCAGUUUCACUAAAAGGGAAGAGAAUGGAAUAAGUGGAACAUUUGAUCGUGCGAUAAAUAUUUUACCUAAAAGCAAAAGGAAAAAACGAUUUAAAGCUCGACCCGUUCCUAAGAAUCUGUUUUCAAAUUAUUUUUAUGAUAAAGUAAAAGAUGAAAACUUUUUUCGGUCAUUAAAUAAAAGAAUUCGUGCAGAGGAAAUGUUAAGACAUUCCAGUUUCCCAGGUAGCAUAGGCGUCAGAGAACGUAGCCGAUUGUCUACUCCCGCUGUACAUAGCGACUUACCUACAGAUCCUUCUCCAGUAGUUCCAUCUAUAUCUUCUUCUGAGCCAAAUAGGUCGUCCAGUCGAACAAAAGAAUUAAGAAGAGCAAGGCGUAUUAAAGAAGACUUUGUUACAACUAGUCCUCGACCAUUUCGAUUUAGCACUGCGGACAGAGCUUCUAAAAAGAUUAAUGAUAUUUCUAAAAAAAUAUGUCAAGAUAGUAAAAGUUGCGACAGUAUUGAAAGAAAUGAAACACCGUUUGAUAAAACUACAGCUUACACAGCGUUGGAUUUAAAGGCCAUUGUUGGAGGAAGAUCUAAUUUAGCUGCUUUGUUAAGAGCAGAAGCUGUGAGACAGAAAUUUGAACUCGAAUCUGCCCAACGAUUAGCAGAACAACGAAGACGAGUGGAAAACAGACAAAGAGACAGAUUACUUCGUUCAAAGCCAGCCUGGCACCUUGUUAAGAAUAAUUACGAAGAGGAUAUAGCUAUGAGGCUACAAACUCGACGGGAUGAAGAGAGAUUAAGGAGGGAAGAAUUUCUACAUGAAAUGGAACUAAUGUACGGACGAGUUCAGCAACAACCAAUGUUAUUUGAAAGAUACUAUGCUCCUAGGUCUGGUGCGUCCACAAUAGAUUUUGUAAAAUUGUCACCAAGAAAAACUAUUAAGAAAAAACAUGUUCCCAGAAAAAGUGGAUCACAGUUAUUGGCCAGUCCUUGUUUGUCGUUUGAAGACCAAGGGACUUUAUAAAGUAUUACAAUAUAUACAAAAUAAUGACACUCCACACUAAUAUAAUAUAGUAUGCAACUAAUAUAAUAUGCAAUAUAGCGUCGCACAAUCGUAAUAUAUAUAUAUAUAUAUAUAUAUAUUUUGAAAUAAGUAACUUUAGAAAAUAAAUUUAAAAAAUGCACUUAUUUUUUGAUACACGCUAAUCAUUAAGAAUUCGAUUUAUUGCCUCAAAAUAAAACCGAUAAUACAUUUUAUUAAUAAGGACAGUUAUGGUGUAAUCACUAGAGAUUUGUCAGUUUGAAUUGAAAACAUUUUAGAUUAAUAAGGGUAAUUUAAAUAUUGAUAGCACUAGGUUUUCUGUAUUAUCGUAAAGUGAUAUUAUAUCGAUUGUCAUUCUUAUAUGUCACUUCUGUUCUUAUACUUUUUAUAAUUAUCUUUGGUAUUUCAUAAAAACGUUAAAACUAUCACACUUGUUACAUAUCUCUAAUAGGAAACGAAUACUGAAAAGUCACCAAUAUUUUAAAGAAUUACAACAGUUCAUUCUUUAACAUUUUCAAGAAUCCAAUCCAUGUAAGAGGUGACUCUUGUAUAGAUUCCGGGUACACCUUCCCGGCCACAUGUCUUGGAGCCCGAACUGGUUAUUCCAAACAUGUACCAAUUUUCUUCAUAAUUUUCUGAUUCUAUUUUUACUAAUGGUCCUCCUGAAUCUCCAUUGCAUGUAUCUUUUCCUUUUAUACCUCCAGCGCAAAUUAUGUUUGGCUCAGUUUCAGGUGCCACUUUGAAAUGAGCUCGACAAAUUUCUAUUGGUACAGAAUUCAGUUGUACUUGGCGUUUUAUAACAGAUUCCUCUUCUAAAAUGUCAAAUGAAUAUUAUUAUAAUUUAAAGUUUAAGAUGUACAUUAUUGAUUAUAUUUCUGUAAAUCCUGGGCCGUACCAUAUUCCGUUUCUCCCCAGCCAGCUGUCCAAUAAGCAUUAUUGAUGACAGAGUCUUGCAUGGCAAUGUAUUUAGAAGCGGGUAAACAUAUGGGCUGUAUGAAAUCUAUGAAUAGUAAAUAAUUUUCAUAUCUUUUAAGUAUAAUAAAAAAUUACAUAUGAUUUAAAUUAUUUUAAUUUACCUGUAAAAUUCACGGGAUCUCUUAAACGAAUCAAGGCGAUGUCGCUGUUAUGACCUAAUUUUCCAUCAUAUUUUGGAUGGACAAUUAUUUUAUUAAUGUUUAUGUCAACUGUACUGUUAUUACAAAU